GUACCUGACAAGUUAUUUAUUCUAAAAGUGAUGAGUAAUCGAGUAUGAAUAAAUAAUGAAUGUGUGCAAGUAGAAAACAAAGCUCUUAGUUUGGUACUGUGCUAGUGGAACACAACCUCUGAGUUUCUUGUCUCUCUGAAAUUGAUCAUGGAGUCAGCUGCACAGCGUUUGCAGAAUGCCUUGGGAAUCCCAACCGCGAUUUCUCCUCGAUCUGAUUUCUAUUCAACAGGGAGGAAGAGGAUGAGAAUUAACGAAGACAGAGGUUAUUCUUACCCUUCAAAAGCCAACAGUUUUGUUGAAUACCGAGAAGCUGAUUAUCUGCAAGAUUUGGAGUCAGGGAAAUACGGAAGCGUGACAGAAGAUAUUAAAAAACUUUUUGAACGAGGUAUGGAUUUUUUAAAGCCAAAGUAUGCGAUGAAUCCCGAUCUUCGUCUACUCAGGAGCCACGAUAAAAGCUCUAUCAACGAAGCUACGAAUCAACCGGCUAUGUUUGUUAACUUGGAUGAUGAUUGUGAUCCCCGGGGAAUGAGACAAGCACCUGUUCUGAUUAUCGAUUCGGAUGAUGAUGAACCUGUAGAACAGAGCUCUUCGCGGCAAUACCAGGGUGUUCUCUUGCCGAUGCCAGCUAGUGGACCUCUUAUAUUGGAUCCAGUGAAAAUUGAGUAUCCUCAGAGCCAAACAUGGGUAGAUAAUGGAAGCAUGGCUAUAGAACCUGAAGUCAGGAAUGAUAAAGGGGAAUAUGUCGGGGUGGAAGAUGAGUCUGAGGACGAACAAUAUGAUGAAAGUUGUGAUGGCCUAGCUAAUAUCUGGACGGAGAUGACAUUUGCCUUAGAAUCUUCCAAGGAAGCUCCUGUGAGUCCAUCUUUUAAUAAUGGUGAAGAUGACGAAGAUGAUGAAGAUGAUUGUGAGCAUUCUUUUAUCUUAAAAGAUGAUAUUGGCUACGUAUGUCGUAUUUGUGGCGUCAUUCAGAAAAAAAUAGAGACCAUUAUCGAAUACCAAUAUGCAAAGAACACAAAGAAUACUAGAACCUACUGGUAUGAAGGUCGAAAUGGCAAAGACGGCGAGAUUUCAGAAGAUUUUCCUGUUGGAUUGCCUGAAGAAGACUUUACUGCAACUGAACUCUUUGCACAUCCAAGGCACAGCAAAAAAAUGAGACCUCAUCAAAUUGAGGGCUUUAAUUUUCUGGUGCGGAAUCUGGUAACGGAGAAUCCAGGGGGGUGUAUCUUGGCCCAUGCUCCUGGAUCUGGUAAAACUUUUAUGAUCAUCAGUUUUAUACAGAGUUUUAUGGCAAAAUUUCCUUCUGCAAGACCACUUAUCAUACUACCAAAAGGUAUCAUGCAAAUUUGGAAGAAAGAGUUCUUGUUAUGGCAAGUUGACGUCAUCCCCCUUCUCGACUUUUACUCUGUAAAAGCAGACAGUAGGUUUGAGCAGCUGAAAAUUCUAAAACAAUGGAGAGGCGAACGGAGUAUCUUAUUCUUAGGAUAUCAGCAGUUCUCUUCCAUAGUAAGAGAUGAUGAUACCAGCAAGACCACAACCGAAUGUCAAGAGAUCCUAUUGAGUCUUCCUACACUUCUUAUAUUGGAUGAAGGUCAUACGCCAAGAAAUGAAGAAACUGCCAUGCUGGCAGCUCUCGAAAAAGUUAAAACACCUCGAAAAGUUGUUCUUUCUGGCACAUUGUACCAGAAUCAUGUGAAAGAGGUUUUCAAUAUUUUGAAUCUUGUACGGCCAAAGUUUUUACGCAUGGAAACCUCCAAGAAAAUUAAAAAGCGGAUCCUGAGCAGAGUGUCAAGCUCCAAGAGAGGGAACAUGUUUAAGAAAGGUGAUAAUGAAUUCUACGAUUUGGUGGAGCAAUGUCUCGUGAAAGAUGACAACCUCAAGCGAAGGGCACUCAUCAUACAAGAGUUGAGGGAGAUGACUUGCAAGGUUCUUCACUAUUACAAGGGAGAUUUUCUUGAUGAAUUACCUGGACUAUUCGACUUCACAGUUUUUUUAAACCUCAGCUCUCGACAAAAACGUGAACUCGUGACUGUAAAGGAGUUAAAAGGGAAAUUCAAAAUCAGCUCUGGUGGUAGUGCCCUAUAUGUGCACCCUGAGUUGAAGUCUAUUCCUAGGGCUCCUGAAGACAAAGAUGGAGUUGAUCAAUCAAAAGUUGAUAAAGUGCUGGAGAAUUUGGAUGUGAGAGAAGGAGUCAAAGCAAAGUUUUAUCUUAAUAUGCUUCGCUUGUGUGAAUCAAGUGGUGAGAAGCUCCUUGUGUUCAGUCAGUACCUUCCGCCAUUGAAGUUUUUGGAGAGACUAACAGUAAAGGCUAAAGGAUGGAGUCCAGGGAAGGAGAUAUUCGUGAUAACUGGUCAGACAAAUAGUGAAGUUCGUGAAAGAGAGAUACUUGUUGAUCUUUUUAACAGUUCACCUGAUGCGAAAGUGUUCUUUGGAUCAAUCAAAGCUUGCGGUGAAGGAAUUUCACUUGUUGGGGCCUCACGGAUAAUUAUACUGGAUGUACAUUUGAACCCCUCUGUUACUCGUCAAGCAAUAGGUCGUGCAUUCCGACCUGGUCAAACUAGAAAGGUGUACACAUAUCGUCUUGUGGCUGCUGAUUCACCUGAGGAGGAAGACCACAACACCAGCUUCAGGAAGGAGUCUAUCUCGAAGUUAUGGUUUGAAUGGAACGAAAGCUGUGGUCCACAAGAUCUCCAGCUGGAGAAUGCAGAUGUUCAAGAUUGUGGUGACGAGUUUCUGCAAACUCCAUGGUUGAAUCAAGAUGUCGUCUCUCUUUACAGAAGGUAAAUGCUGAAAGGACCGAAACAUGUCAAAGAAUUUUGUUUGUGAAGAGCCUUCCUUGAAUGAUAACUAGUGAAAAUUAGGAACUGGGCUUUUCUCCAAUAGUGCCUUUUGACAUAACUCUGUUCAACUUAUCUCCUACCAGAGCACCUAAUAAUAUCUUGAACUUGUUGGUAUUCCAGAACAAUUUCCUUGAAAUUUUAUUUCUUGUUAUAUGCAACCUUGGGAAUCUAGUUAAUUGAGUUAUUUCUCC